AUGUCAAAAGCAGAAAGAAAACAUCCAUACCUAACAGGAAACUUCGUCCCCAUCAGCAUCCGACUUACCUCCAAACCCUGUUACUUCGAGGGUACCAUUUCCGAGGAAUUCCUGGGCGGCCAAUAUGUCCGAAAUGGCACCAACCCAAUCCAGCGCGACAACCCGCGCGGCUUCCAUUGGUUUGAUGGCGACGGCAUGCUCACAGGUGUAUACUUCAAGCGCAUCUCCGGACCAGCCCAUGUGCAACCCGUCUUUACCAAUGAGUAUGUCCUCACAGAUAUACAUUGCGCAGCCAUGCGAGACCGCCGCCUCUACCCCAUAAUGCCUAGCGUUAAGGCGUUAACCAAUCCGGUAUCGUCUUCUCUACGACUCAUAUAUGAAAUAUUGCGAAGUAUGGCCUUGAUCUUUGCGUCAAUUUGUGGUUUAAUUGCCCGGCCGAUCAAGAGGGUGAGUAGUGCGAACACCAGCAUUUUCCAUCAUGAUGGUCGUGUCAUGGCAACAAACGAGGUUGGGCCUCCCAUGCGUGUGUUUCUACCACUGCUGAAAACAGUUGGCUGGUUUACCGGGAACAUGGCGGAGGGAGAACCUGUUGGCAUUGAUGCUUGCAAGGAGGGGUUCGGCAGCCCAGGGAUGGAAGGAGCUAUGAAGGAAAUGACAACAGCUCAUCCCCGUGUUGAUCCCCAGACUGGGGAACUGCUUCUCUUCCACUCGACAUUCAUCCCGCCGUUCGUGAACUACUCCAUUAUACCUGCUAGAACCACCGUGACACCGGAGUUUCGUCUCAAUCGGCCCGUGCCUGGUCUUGUCUCAGGGAAGAUGAUGCAUGACUUUGGAGUAUCCCACCGACAUACCAUUAUUAUCGACCUGCCUCUCGAGCUCGAUCUGUCUAAUAUCGUACAUGGAAAGCCGGUUGUUGAAUACAACCCACGGGGCCAAACGAGGCUUGGGGUAUUCCCUCGACAUGUCCCCGAGCUCAUACGAUGGUUUACGACAGACCCCUGUGUGGUAAUGCAUACCGUCAACACUUGGGAUGAUAUUACACCCGGUGGAACAUGGGUGAAUAUGCUGCUUUGUCGCAUGAACAGUGUUGCACCAUUCUUCCAUAUGGGUAACAUAGCUGCCCCAGACGCUCUGAAGCAGCCCGAUCCCCAAUGCCGUCUUUAUUACUACGAAUUCCCACCUAGUAAUGAAGGCACAACGUCAAUCUCCCAGCAGUGGGCGCUAUCAGCCAUUCCUUUCGAAUUUCCAUGUGUGCCCAAGCACCUUGAGAUGGACCCAACAAGAUAUGUCUACGGAUGCUCUAUGCGGAAGGGUAAUUUCGCUGCUACUCAUAUCAGCGCCUUCAAGAUUGACUGUCUUGUCAAAGUGGACGUGGAACAUCUUCUCUCACAGGGUAAGACCGAGCGUCUGUCUCCAGUGGAUGGCUGCGUGGAUGAGCGCUCCAUUGAUGAGGUUCUCGCUUCGGACAACCCCGACGACCCUAUCAAGGUGUUUGCCUUUCCCCCUGGGUGGUUUGCCCAGGAGUGUUCCUUUGUACCGCGGAAAGAUGGAAAGCAUGAAGAUGAUGGCUGGCUUGUUACAUAUGUGUUUGAUGAGUCGCAACUGGAUGAGAAUGGUGAAGCCCCACCGAACGCACGCAGUGAGCUUUGGGUCAUCGAUGCUGUUGGUAUGAGAGAGGUGGUCUGCCGAGUAGUCCUGCCGCAACGUGUACCAUAUGGGAUGCACGGGAAUUGGUUCUCGGAGGAGCAGAUCGUAAAUCAGCGAGACGUGGAAACGUUUCGCCACGAGUACUAG